AUGGUCUCCCUCACUAGCUCCCUCGAUCUUGCCUCCUGUUUCCGAUUCCUUCUCUUCUCUUCUCUGCUGAGCGUGGUUUUCGCGCAUGAGGACCACGGCGAGCAUGGCCAGCCCGAGCACGGGGGCCACGGAAAGCACCCGGGGAGAAAGCAUUGCACGGUCAAGCACAACCGUGACGGGUCCGAUGACUCGCCGAAUAUCCUGGCGGCGUUUGCGGAGUGCGCCACAAACUCCCUGAUCACCUUUUCGCGGGCGAACUACUCGGCAUUCACGCCAGUCGCACUGACCGGGCUUGACGACGUCAUCAUCCAUCUGGACGGAAAUCUCCUUCUCCCGAGCAGCAUCCCGCAGGUGCAGCACGCGAUCAACAUCACGAAAAACCAACCUAGCACCUACGCCACACCGUGGUUCUAUUUUCACGGCAGCAACGUGCAGCUGAUCGCGGCGGACGACUUUGCGUGGGGCCGGUUCAUAGGAUUCGGCGAGCACUGGUGGGAUCUGCGCCAGCAGACGCUCCGACCGCAGCUGGCGACAUUCAACAUCACCACCGGGCUGAUGCGGAACAUCAAGGUCAUCAAGCCGAUCGCGUGGGGCUGGAACUUGCCGGGCACGAACAUCCGCGUCGAGAACCACUUUGUCGACGCGCAGCCGUCCAACGCGUCCCGGUGGGAGACAAUCAGCUUCCCUUUCAAUACCCAGGCAUCAAUAUCUCUGGGAAAAACAUCACCGUCGACGGGUGCGAUCAUCGUCGUCGCCCAAAGGGCCUACGCACCCACUUACGGAUGCAUGCAUCUCAGAUACUUCGGGCACAACGGCGACGAUUGCAUCUCGCUGAUCAACGGAGCGGACGGCGUCGUGGCGAAGAACGGGUUCUGUGGUUUCUCUUCCCACGGUUUGAGUGUCGGCUCGCUGGGCAAAAACGGCGCAUUCCAGACGGUCCAGAACAUUCUGUUCAAGAACUGGACCAUGGAUGGAGCCGUCUAUGGAGCCCGCUUCAAAAGUUGGACGGGCGGAAAUGGCUUCGCAAACAACGUCACCUGGGAGGAUAUCCACCUGAUCAACGUCUCGACCGCCAUCUACAUCACCCAAAACUAUUUUGACCAGGAACUGGGACCACCCAAAACCUCUGGAGGGCCCAUCAACAGCACCCAUGUCUCAAAUUUCACGUACAGAAAUUUCACGGGCAGCUUGAAUGCCAACUGGACCGACGGAACCUGCAUUACCCAGCCAUGCUGGAACUUUGUCCCCGGCAUCGACGGUACCCAGAGCAUUAUCUUCGAUCUGUACCCGGACACCGCUGUCAACAUCUCAGUUGGACGCGUCCAUGUCCAUCCGUAUCAGCUGCCCUACAGCGCGACGAACGUCAUCUGCAACGCCACGACCCUGGCGCCCGGCGAGCAGGACACCCUCGGAUUCAACUGCACACGCGGCCCGUACGUGCAGACCAAGACGCGCUGAGAGCUGGCUUGGCGGGUUUCGGCUGUCGAGGAUGUACUUUUCUGGCUGUUUUAUGUACCGUUUUCUCUUGCGGAGCCAUGUGUUGUCCAUCCCUGUCAUGGCCGGGAAUCCACCGAUGUUGUUGAUUGACAGCGAGCGGCUGCCGCGAUAUGUGAUCCGGCGCGAUGCUGGGCCAUCACGGAAGGUCUCUGCGUCUCUUCACAGCGCGCCCGGUAUAUGGCCUGACCUGACCCGACCUCGCCGAUUCCAAUGCGCUAUCGGAUACUGAUCACAGGAAGGAUGCUGCGUACCACGAACUCGGGCCGCAGCGGCUGCUUAUCGCCCCACGCGGCGAAACCUUUGCUGCUCGGGACCAAAAAAAAUCGAUUCGAGGCUUGAUAGAUCUGAAUCCGUCCCCCUGCCCCCCGAGGAGGAGGGGGGAGAUAUCGAUGGGCAGUAUAUGAACAGAACAAUGCAAUGCAAUCUCCGCAGCGUGGCCACACGCUCGGCCAGGUUUGAGUUGGGAUGUCGGAUUAGACUUUGGGUUUUUGCCUGCGGCGAGUUUGGCGCGCGCGAUCGCAACAAAUGGGCCCCCUCCCCGGUGUGCGCGCGAUACGUUACGUACGUACUGGUUUGGUAACUCCGGCCCCGCGCGAGGCUGAGCCAUGGGCUUCCGGGCUAGACCAUCAAGCUUCGAUCGGGCGGACAAAAGUUUGGGUGAGUGGAUUGGAAGGCUCGGCGACCAGAGAUUGCAUGCACUGCUCCCUGAUCUGAU